UGAUGUCACGUCACCUAGACGACAGCGAUAUCAACUCAGUCGGCGCCGAGGUGAUGUCCAGCGGCUCAACAGUAAAUAUGAAGUGGAAGCAACAAACUACCCUUAGCCAUUUAAAAAAAAAAACAAGCCUGCUGCUGCCUCGGACGACACUCCAGCAGUCACUAGGACGUUAGAUGAAGAAGAGGGAACUACAGCGGAGCCUGAUGCCAGCAGUGUAUCGGGUUGUGCUAUUUGCAGCUCAACAAAAUCUACUGGCGUCUUAACAGAGAAAAGAAUUUCCAUAUCUGAGGAGUUGGCGAUGUUUAAGAUCCAGUCAUCAGGCUCAAGCAGACCAACAGCCCUGGCCUCCUUGAGAAACAAGAUCAGACGGCAUGAGAUGUCCAUCGCACACGAAAUAGCUCAGGAACUCACUGAAAAGGGUGGACAGGAUUUACUUGGGAAUCUUGUGAGAGCUGUGUCAGACACUGUGUUAGCUGAGACAAAUGCUUUAUUCAGAACAGCAUAUUAUCUUGCCUAGAUGAACCAACCUUUCUCUGACCAUGACGAUCUCAUUGAGCUUCAGGAAAAAAAACGGUGUCAACAUGGGCACAAGUCUGCACUCAAGGUUCAGUUCAACAACAAUUGUGGAACACAUAGCAAAAAAGAUGCAGACAAAAAUAGUUGACAGCAUUGUGUCAUCUGUCUGUUCUCAUUGAUGAGGCAACUUCUCUCAGCCGUAAAUCAGCCAUGAUUGUCAAUGUGAAGGCCUCUUUAGAUGGAGAUACUCCUGAAUUUGUUUUUUCGGACCUGGUGGAGCUGGAAAGCCAGAGGGCAGAGUCUAUAGAGGAAGCUCUAUUAAACUGUUUGGACACUGCAGGCUUUAGUGAAGAGUGGCUUAAAAACAACUGGAUCUCAUUUGUUUCUGAUGGAGCCAGUGUUUGUUAGGCAAAAACUCUGGUGUGGCAACCAGGCUGACUGCAAGGUACCCUAACCUCUUCACAUGGCACUGUAUGAACCACCGCCUAGAACUGGCUGUAAAUGAUGCCGUGGAUGAGGUUCAGGCAGUCAACCACUUCAAAGUUUUCAUGGACAAACUCCACAAUCUCUACAGUCAGUCCAAUAAAAAUUCACUGGAACUUAUGGAAGCAGCACAAGAAGUGGGCUGACAAGUCCUGAAGAUUGGCAGAGUUUUAAACACCCGAUGGGUUGCCAGCAGUUUCCGUUCUGUAAAGGCUGUGUGGAGGUCAUACGAAGCACUUAACAGACACUUUGAGAAUGCUGCAGGAGACCAAACAAGAAACGGCAAAGAGAGGCAAACCUACAGAGGCCCGGCACGUCGUAUGCAAAGCAAGGAAUUUCUUUGUGACCUUGGACUCAUGUAUGAUGCACUAUCUGAACUUUCAAACCUGUCCCAGCAAUUACAGGCCCAUUCAAUCACGCUUUUAAGAGCAGAACAGCUGCUGAAGCGCACCAUCCGAGUGCUGGCAUCAUUUAAAGAGUCUCCAGGAGAGAAAUUGGAGGAAGCAUUGAAAGCACAGGCUUUGGGACAGUUUGGAUCAGUGUCCCUGGACUCAAAUGCUAAGCUCAUGCCGAUCAAUACAAAACAGUUCCUACAAAGUCUGAUCAACAACAUGGAGAAGCGGCUCUCAUCUAAGGAUGAAAUUCUUCAUGAUCUCAGUAUUCUGGAUUCAAGCACCUGGCCAUCAACACCUGGCAUACGGUACGGUAAGUCACAGGUAAAACCACUGUGCAGGCGAUUCAAUCUUUGUCAAGAACAAGCUGUCAAUGGAAUGAGAGAUUUCAUCGAGCACCCAGAGAGUGAACCUGAAUGCCUCAAACCACUCAUCCACUGCAUGCAGACCAUCCCUUGCAGCAUUGCAGAGUGUGAAAGGGGCUUCAGUCUGAUGAAUAUUGUGUACACAGACCAAAGAUCUAGAAUGUUGUUGUCUAGUGUCAGCAAUUUGAUGAUGAUUUGAUGAAGGCUCGAGAGUCUUCGGAGAGGAGGCUGAGGAGAGGAGACCAUGCAAUACGCUUGAGAGGUAGAGACCAAAGAAGGAGAUGUCAGGCAAGCUGAUUCAGUGCGAUGCUUGCAGUAUGUGGGAGGUCAAGGACACCGCUGGUGCCUCUGGCUGCUACAAAUGCGAAAAAUGCAUCCAGGUAGAGCUCCUGAAGGGCCGUGUUGGGAACUGGAGAAGCAAGUGGAUGACCUCCGGUUCGUACGAGAAACGGAGUCGUUCCUCGACAAGUCCUACAGUACGAUUGUUACACCUAAGGUACUGGAAGAGAGAAGGUGGGAGACAGUGAGAAAGGGAGGGAAGCAUGGAAUGCCAACGUCCCCGGGUGAUGUACCUCUUGUAAACAGGUUCAUCCGCUUAGAAGCUGUUGGGACAGAAGACGUGAGCGGCGGACUGGCCUGUGAUGCGAAUAGGGCUGUUGAGCCAAAACCAAAAAGGCCUAAGGCAGGCAAGGCCAUUGUAGUGGGAGACUCCAUCGUGAGAGGUACGGACAGGGGUUUCUGCGGCAACAGACGGGAUGCGAGGAUGGUGUGCUGCCUUCCCGGUGCCAGGAUCCAGGAUGUCACGGACAGAGUGCAGAAAAUCCUCAAGGGCGAAGGUGAACAUCCGGAAGUGGUAGUGCAUGUCGGCACAAACGAUGUCGGAAAGAAGGGGAUGAAUAUUCUGCAACGUGACUUUAGAGAGCUCGGAAAAAUGUUGAAAAGCAGGACCUCCAGGGUUGUUAUCUCCGGUUUGCUUCCAGUUCCCCGUGCUGGCGAGAGCAGGAACAGGGAGAUACGGGACCUGAACGUGUGGCUGAGGAUCUGGUGCACGGGGCAGGGAUUUAGAUUCUUAGAUCACUGGGAUCUGUUUUGGGGUAAGGGGGAACUGUACAAAAGGGACGGAUUGCAUCUUAACAGGUAUGGGACCAGCAUUCUGGCAGGCAGGUUUGCCACUGCUACACGGGUGGCUUUAAACUGAAUAAGGGGGAUGGGGUGUUGAAUGGGACAGUGGAGGAUGGAGUUAAAGGGAAAGGGUUUCUUAAAUGUGUGAGCGUAGAGACCGAAGGGUGUAAAAUGAGGGUAGAAGAAAUAGGUAGCAAGGUGAAAAGUAAAAGUGGCAGGCAGACAAAACCAGGGCAAAAAUCAAAAAGGGCCACUUUUCAACAUAAUUGUGUAAGGGGUAAGAGUGUUGUAAAAACAAGCCUGAAGGCUUUGUGUCUCAAUGCAAGGAGCAUUCGUAAUAAGGUGGAUGAGUUGAAUGUGCAGAUAGCUAUUAAUGACUAUGAUAUAGUUGGGAUCACGGAGACAUGGCUCCAGGGUGACCAAGGCUGGGAGCUGAACAUCCAGGGAUAUUCAAUAUUCAGGAGGGAUAGACGGAAAGGAAAAGGAGGUGGGGUAGCGUUACUGAUUAGAGAGGGGAUUAAUGCAAUGGAAAGGAAGGAUAUUAGUUUGGAGGAUGUGGAAUCGGUAUGGGUAGAGCUGCACAACACUAAGGGGCAGAAAACGCUGGUGGGUGUUGUGUACAGGCCACCUAACAGUAGUAGUGAAGUUGGAGAUGGUAUCAAACAGGAAAUUAGAAAUGCGUGCGACAAAGGCAAAACGGUUAUAAUGGGUGACUUCAAUCUACAUAUAGAUUGGGUGAAUCAAAUUGGCAGGGGUGCUGAGGAAGAGGAUUUCUUGGAAUGUAUGCGGGAUAGUUAUCUAAAUCAACAUGUAGAGGAACCAACGAGAGAGCAGGCUAUUUUAGACUGGGUAUUGAGUAAUGAGGAAGGGUUAGUUAGCAAUCUUGUUGUACGUGCCCCCUUGGGCAAGAGUGACCAUAAUAUGGUUGAGUUCUUCAUUAGGAUGGAGAGUGACAUUGUUAAUUCAGAAACAAUGGUUCAGAACUUAAAGAAAGGUAACUUUGAGGGUAUGAGACGUGAAUUGGCCAAGAUUGACUGGCAAUUAAUUCUAAAAGGGUUGACGGUGGAUAUGCAAUGGAAGACAUUUAAAGACUGCAUGGAUGAACUACAAAAAUUGUUCAUCCCAGUUUGGCAAAAGACUAAAUCAGGGAAGGUAGUACAUCCAUGGAUAACAAGGGAAAUCAGUGAUAGUAUCAAAGCGAAGGAUGAAGUGUACAAAUUAGCCAGAAAAAGCAGCAUAUACUGAGAAAAAUUCAGAGACCAGCAGAGGAGGACAAAGGGCUUAAUUAGGAAAGGAAAAAUAGAUUAUGAAAGAAAACUGCCAGGGAACAUAAAAAACUGACUGCAAAAGUUUUUAUAGAUAUGUGAAAAGAAAGAGAUUAGUUAAAACAAAUGUAGGUCCCUUGCAGUCAGAAACAGGGGAGUUGAUCAUGGGGAACAAGGAUAUGGCGGACCAAUUGAAUAACUACUUUGGUUCCGUCUUCACUAAGGAAGACAUAAAUAAUUUGCCGGAAAUAGCAGGGGACCGCGGGUCAAAGGAGUUGGAGGAAUUGAGUGAAAUCCAGGUUAGCCGGGAAGUGGUGUUGGGUAAAUUGAAUGGAUUAAAGGCCGAUAAAUCCCCAGGGCCAGAUAGGCUGCAUCCCAGAGUACUUAAGGAAGUAGCUCCAGAAAUAGUGGAUGCAUUAGUAAUAAUCUUUCAAAACUCUUUAGAUUCUGGAGUAGUUCCUGAAGAUUGGCGGGUAGCAAACGUAACCCCACUUUUUAAGAAGGGAGGGAGAGAGAAAAUGGGGAAUUACAGACCAGUUAGUCUAACAUCGGUAGUGGGGAAACUGCUAGUCAGUUAUUAAAGAUGGGAUAGCAGCACAUUUGGAAAGUGGUGAAAUCAUUGGACAAAGUCAGCAUGGAUUUAUGAAAGGUAAAUCAUGUCUGACUAAUCUUAUAGAAUUUUUCGAGGAUGUAACUAGUAGCGUGGAUAGGGGAGAACCAGUGGAUGUGGUGUAUCUGGACUUCCAGAAGGCUUUCGACAAGGUCCCACAUAAGAAAUUAGUAUACAAACUUAAAGCACAAGGCAUUGGGGGUUCAGUAUUGAUGUGGAUAGAGAACUGGCUGGCAAACAGGAAGCAAAGAGUAGGAGUAAACGGGUCCUUUUCACAAUGGCAGGCAGUGACUAGUGGGGUACCCCAAGGCUCAGUACUGGGACCCCAGCUAUUUACAAUAUAUAUUAAUGAUCUGGAUGAGGGAAUUGAAGGCAAUAUCUCCAAGUUUGCGGAUGACACUAAGCUGGGGGGCAGUGUUAGCUGUGAGGAGGAUGCUAGGAGACUGCAGGGUGACUUGGAUAGGCUGGGUGAGUGGGCAAAUGUUUGGCAGAUGCAGUAUAAUGUGGAUAAAUGUGAGGUUAUCCAUUUUGGUGGCAAAAACAGGAAAGCAGACUAUUAUCUAAAUGGUGGCCGAUUGGGAAAGGGGGAGAUGCAGCGAGACCUGGGUGUCAUGUUACACCAGUCAUUGAAGGUAGGCAUGCAGGUGCAGCAGGCAGUAAAGAAAGCGAAUGGUAUGUUAGCUUUCAUUGCAAAAGGAUUUGAGUAUAGGAGCAGAGAGGUUCUACUGCAGUUGUACAGGGUCUUGGUGAGACCACACCUGGAGUAUUGCGUACAGUUUUGGUCUCCAAAUCUGAGGAAGGACAUUAUUGCCAUAGAGGGAGUGCAGAGACGGUUCACCAGACUGAUUCCUGGGAUGUCAGGACUGUCUUAU